GAGGUGUGCAAGUAGUUCGGUACGCAGAAUAGUACCUCGCCAUCAGCGACACCAGCCUUUGACAUUGGAAGAUUUCAGAAAACAAUAAUAAAUUCAUCUGACUAUAAAAGAUAUACAUAGUUUAAUAGCUUCGGAGUGACAAACCGGAUUGUUGUUGAAAUGUAAACAAAUCCCCGAGGCAAAAAUAUCGAGAUUGAAUUGAUUUCUUGACGGUGGAAGAUCUAGGAUGGGAUGGAAGCAACCGAGUUAUUUAUGAAAAUAUGUGGAGAUGAAUACUAAAAUUAUUACUCAUGGUGAACCAGGGAAAUUACUAGGCAACACAAGAAGAAAUUGUCCAUAUCAGGUUCCCAAAUUGUUCAGUGACAUGGAAGACGCUGACUACUAUAUACAGGCAGCCAAACGACUACAGAAGAAAAACGACGGAUACAAAUUAAAAAUUAUAGAUAUUCCGUGGUAUUCAUGUGUUAUGUUUGUUAUUUCAAAUAAACAUGAUAAUAGGUAA